AUGGUCUCUCAUAUAAAAUGUAAUUCUGCGUCUCUACGCAGUACAGAUGAAAUAUUAAACAUAUUGGGUGUUGAUGUUAAAUAUGGCUUAUCAAACAAUGAAGCAUCACUUAGAUUGGAGCAAAUUGGUCCGAACGAAUUUAAGGCCGAUCCACCAGAUCCACUUUGGCUUAAAUAUCUAAAACAAUUCCUUGAACCGAUGAUUGGCCUUUUAAUUGCUUCGGCUUCUAUUAGCAUUCUUAUGGGUCAAUUCGAUGAUGCAGUUAGUAUAUCAGCUGCGAUUUUUAUUGUUGUUACCGUAGGAUUUAUUCAAGGAUACAGAUCAGAAAAGGCGAUUGAAUCUCUGAAAAAGUUAAUGCCACCAAAGUCAUCAACUCUGGUUCCUGGUGAUGUUGUCUACCUCUCAUUUGGUGAUCGCGUACCUGCUGAUUUGCGCAUUAUCGAGUCCAACGACUUGCGUAUUGAUGAAUCAAAUUUGACGGGUGAAAACAAACCAGUUGCAAAGCAUUCUAGUAUUCUGCCUUCUCAUGCCUCCAUAUCUUUAGCCGACCCACUUGAAACUUCAUCCUCUUCUCUGUCCCUCAAUGGUAGUGGUUUUCCAUCUUCAGUGAUAAAGCGGACCGAGAGUUUUAAUUCUUCCUCCUGGGGUGAUGGUGAGACAGUAAUAUCGUUUGAGAAUACUAAAGCAGCUGCUAUUAUUCCGCCGCAAAGAAUCGAAGGAGCUCAUCGUCUAACCAACAUUGGUUUCAUGGGCACAUUGGUUCGAGCAGGAAAUGCGAUUGGUGUUGUCAUAGCAACUGGUGAAUACUCCGAAUUCGGAGAGGUAUUCAAGAUGAUGCAAAAUGAAGAAGCACCAAGAACACCUCUUCAAAAGAGUAUGGACCGACUGGGAAAGCAUUUAUCAAUGAUUUCGGGUGCUAUUAUUUUUUGUAUUGCUGUGGUUGGAUUAAUUCAGGGCAGAAAUAUCCUCGAGUUGAUUACUGUUGCUGUCAGCCUUGCCGUUGCGGCUAUUCCAGAAGGCCUACCUAUUGUGGUCACUGUAACUUUAGCCAUUGGUCAGAUGCGAAUGGCCGCCAGAAACGCCAUUAUUAAAAAGCUGCCUGCGGUUGAAACACUAGGUUGCGUAAACGUAAUCUGCGCAGACAAGACGGGAACCAUGACAAAGAAUGAGAUGACGGUAACUUGUAUUAUGACCGGUGGUCUGGAGCGAGCCAAUGUCACCGGUGUUGGUUAUAAUCCAAUCAAUGGUGAAGUAACUUUAGAACAGGCUAAUGGUCGCAAUUCUGCUAUAACUCAUCCUAAUCUUCGUCGAUUAGUUGAGAUUGGCUACCUGUGCAAUGAUUCUUCCUUGAAGGGAGGCAUUCUCCACGGUCAACCAACGGAAGGCGCUUUGCUUUGUCUUGGCGCGAAGAUGCAAAUUUUCGAUCCGAGAUUAACUAAUCCUCGAGUAAAGGAAUGGCCCUUCUCUUCGGAAAGGAAGUUGAUGGUUGUUCAAGUUUCGACUCCUCGACUUAGUAACCCUUGCACAUCCAGUUUCUUCCUGAAAGGCGCCCCAGACCGAGUUCUUCCACUCUGCACUUCCUAUCGUACAGCGUGUACCUCUCCCAAUGAAUUAGGUACUUUGGUAACAAUGGAUGAAGCAAAACGAGCAUCAAUUCUUGCUGAAGCAGCGCGAAUGGCUUUAGACGGAGGACUGAGAAUUCUAGCACUUGCUGAAGGAAAUCGUGUUGAGGGUGACUUUGUCUUUGCUGGGCUUGUUGGCCUUCUAGAUCCCCCCAGACCUGAUAUAGAAGGUGCUGUGGAGAUCUGCUAUCGAUCUGGUGUGAGGGUUAUCAUGAUUACUGGCGAUUCAAAGGAGACGGCUUGUGCUAUUGGUUCGCGUUUGUCUCUAUAUCGACCGGGUGAUAUCUGCCUAAGUGGAGAAGAGGUUGAAGAGAUGGAUCUUCAUCAAUUACAAUCACAAAUCCAUUGCGUCACCGUCUUCUAUCGCACAGGUCCGAAACAUAAGUGCAAAAUCGUCAAGGCUCUACAAAAGCGGGGAUUAGUGGUUGCCAUGACAGGAGACGGUGUAAACGAUGCCAUUGCUCUCAAGUCAGCCGACAUUGGCAUUGCCAUGGGAGCAAGUGGUACGGAUGUUUGCAAAGAAGCGGCGGAUGUAGUUCUUCUUGACGACGCAUUCUCUUCGGUAUUAGCAGCGAUGGAGGAGGGCAAGGCCCUCUUUGCUAAUAUUUGCAACUUCAUUCGAUUCCAACUCUCCACUUCAAUUGCCGCGUUGUCGUUGAUAGCCCUGUCAACUGUUCUUUCAUUACCGAAUCCCCUCAAUGCAAUGCAAAUUCUUUAUAUUAAUAUCCUUAUGGACGGGCCACCGGCACAGUCUCUUGGUGUGGAACCACCAGAUGCAGACGUUGUGAGUCAACCACCGCGUCACGUCCACGAGUCCAUUUUGGAUAAACGUUUGAUGAAGAACGUCCUAAUUUCCUCCCUUAUGAUUGUGGGUGGAACUCUUUUCAUAUUCCAUCGAGAAAUGGCUGCGGACGGAAAAGUCACUCCUCGUGACACAACCAUGACAUUCACUUGCUUUGUUCUUUUCGAUAUGUUUAAUGCGCUGUCUUGCAGAUCACAGAAGAAGUCCAUAUUUCAAAUUGGUUUCUUCUCGAAUCGUGUAUUUGUGAUUGCCGUGAGCCUCUCGCUGAUUGGUCAGCUCUUUGUGAUUUACUUCCCACCACUCCAAUCUGUCUUUCAAACUGAGCCCAUUUAUAUCUGCGACUGGCUACUACUUCUGGCCAUUUCAAGCAGUGUUUUUGUAGUCUCCGAGUUCCGCAAAUCGCACUUGACUUUGUCAAAACUCCUUCGACCUCGAAAGCUCUUUCGUUUACCGCGCCGUUUCCAAGGUUCUAUGGCUUCUUCCAAAACGAUUGUCUAA